AUGAUUAGAGGUCAACUCAAACAUCUCACCCUCUCUCAUCAGCAACAACCAUCAUCCGAUGAUGAUGACCAUAGCGGUAGUAGUGGUUCUGAUCAAUCCAACCACUCAUUGUAUGUUUCAACCUUCAAACCAUUACCAACCAUGAUGACAUCAUCGGGAGAGAGUUCUACUGCUACGACUACUUCUUCACUUUUCAAAUUUUCACAACCAUCACCUACUUCUUCUCCGACAACGAGUUCGGGUGGACCUUUCUCUUCAAAUUUUGGAAAAUCAUCCAUCAUGAAUAUGCAUCAAAAUUCUACAAAAUCAUAUCUUGGUAAAACAAACACGAACCAGCAACAAGCAUCAUUAUCGUUUUUUACAAGUUCUUCUUCUCCUUCUCAAAAUGCCAUUAACAGAAAAAACAAUUCGUCACACUCGUCGUCAUCCUCCUCCUCGUCGCUCAAUUUACCAAUUAAUUUUUCAAUUCCUCCCAUUCGUGGAGCCAAUGUUUUUAGAAGAAAUUGGAGAAGUUCUAGUGGUGGAUUUCUUUGUAAUUUAUCCUAUAUUGUGUUGGGAAUUGUGUUUAUUCUUUCAUUGUUUACAUUUUUUGUAUUUAUUUACUAUACCAUGACAAGAAAUAGAAGUGUGAAUAGAACCAUGGACAUGUCCAAUGCAGGAGUCACAGGUGAUAUUCAAGGAAAAUUAUAUCAACUCGAAAAACAUUCCGUGUUGCGGGGUGUGGACGAGUUCUUUAAAUUGCUGCACAAAAAAAAUUCACACCAUUUAGGAUCAGUGCCAUUGGAGGAAGGAUACAACAAGUUAUUUGAGCAUGAACAAGCAGAUAUAAAGACAUCAAAAGUAGAUAAGCUUAGUAUUGCCAUGCAAAAGGAAAUGGAAAAUGUUAGAAUUUUCUAUACUGAAAAUCCAAUUCAGAAAGUAUUUGUGGGAAUUGUGAAUGACCAUACUCAACUAUUGAGCACAUUGAUACUUGCAAAGCAAGAGAAAUUAAUUCCACAACAUAUGGCUCUUCCAAUUCUGCAUUUGGAUUCUCAUUCUGGUCACAAAAUUUUACAAAGCUCUAAACUUUUAAAAUUGACCUUAAAAUCGAAAAAGAGAACAAUUUCAAAGAUUGAAAAAUUGUUGAAUGCAGAAAAUUUCAUCUCAACAUGCCAAUACUAUAAUCUCAUUGGAGGUCAUGUCAUUUGGGUUCACAACGAUUGGACAGGAACUAAAUUUGCUUUACCACGUGGAAGACAUAUCGCAGUUAUGGGACGAAGAGGAGAUCCAAAGAGAGGCAAAUCCAAAAUUUGUUACAAGAAAAUGAGAGGAAUCUUUUGGGAUGGAACUCUUAGCGAUUUAACAUUUGAAACAACAAUGAAUUCAGAGGGGAAAAUUUAUGUGAAUGAAAAAACGACUUGCACGCGUACUGAAUUACUCGUUAAGCCCAAACAUGUACGAUGGGAUGUUUACUCUAUUGAUCAAAUAGCAAGAUUGAACACUCGAAUUUUCAACAAUACUCCAUAUAUUCUUCAUGUGAACGAAGAUUUUUUCACAGCACAAGAUCCACUCAUUAACACUCUCUUACCUCAUGCUGAAUAUGGUCAUUUAUUUGACAUGCUUGCUAAAUUGGUGUCACCAAAGAAAAUUUGUUAUCAAAAAGCAAUACCAAUUCCAACAAAAGAAGACGAAAACACUCAACUCACGAAUGAGGAGCAAAAUAGAGAUUGGAUUUCAAAAAUUUUAGAUGAAAUGUUUUUCAGAGGUCUCGUAUUCGAAUCAGAUGGAAUUCGAGCUCCACAAAAUUCUCUUUACAGUCCUAAUUUGUUAGAUAUGUGGUGUGAAGGUCCACAUGCAGCUCUCGAAGAGUUACGAAAACUUAACAAACUUGUUCUAAUCAUGCUUGACAAUAUUCCUUAUUAUGUCUUGUCACUAUUGAGAUACGAAUAUGAAUUUCCAUCAGUUCGACCAUAUUGUGCUGUGAAUAAUUUAUUUGGAAUUUGUCCUUCUGCAAGUACACCAUCUCACCCAUCCACAGAUGUGGAAAUUAGAAGAUCCUCUAAUUAUUUGAAAGAUAUUGUUGUUAGAGAAGGUCGACCAGCUAUUAUUAUUAUUUCUAGAUCGAACAGAGAUAAACUCGUAGAUGUUGAUAAAUUUUACGAUACUGAGCACAUGUUGUUGAGUGCUAUUGAACGAGCAUUGAGUCCGACACCUCCACUGAUUCACUAUUUGAGUGGAGCUAUUCCAGCUCAAGAACCAGAGAAACAAAAUGAUCAAACAGGAGUUUAUCAACAAGAAAUGGCUAUUUUAGAAAAUAUUGUUGAAAAUGAAAUGACUGAUUUCACACCAUAUUACAAUUUAAUUAUUGACAGGAUGCAGAAAUUUAGCCAGCUGAAGAAGUUUAUCAAAGAUAAGGACCUCACAGUGAAUGAGCUUUUUACAGAAGGCCAAGAGUUAUUGCAUGAGUUUAUACAACAAACCAAAGACAAAAUUGGGUUUGAAAAUCCAAUUAUGAAAACUCCAUAUCAACCAAAAAAGUCACGAGUGAAAAUUUGCAUGAAUUUGAUUGGAGUUAAAAAAUUGAUUCCCAAUUUAUUGAAAUGUUUAUUACCCAGAUCGCGACAAGAAAAGCGGGUAGUCUUCUUGGUCUCAGAACAUUUGGUAGAAACUCAGGAAGAAUUUAGACAGGUUAUUUCUACGGAUACUCAAAUUUCAAAAGUCAGCGAUCAAGUGAAACAAAAUACUUUUGUGUUAUUAAUGGACUUGGGUUGUGACAACCUCAAUAGAGUUUUGAUUCAAUCGGAGAAGGGCCUCGCCAAGUAUUUCAGCAACAUGCAACAGACUGUAGACGGUAAAAUUGUUAAUGACAUUGCACAGGGCCACCUAAACAUUUGUUCUUCGAAAGCAAAGUAA